GAAAUAAGCUCAUUUCCUCCACUUUCUCCCUCCACAUUCUAAGCAUACACCAUAAUCUUACAUCAAAAUGCAGCUCUGGAAACACAACUUUCGUGGCAAGACCAUGAUCAUCGCCAUCACCAUGGCGUCUUGUCAGGCUUUUCUUCUUCUGGGCUUUGACCAGGGCGUCAUGUCCGGCAUAAUCGGCGCCCAGAACCGCUUCGGACGAGACUUUGACAACCCCGACGCAGGCAUGCAAGGAAACAUCACUGCACUAUAUGACAUCGGCUGCGUAGUCGGCUCCAUCGUGUGCUACUUUAUCGGCGAGAAAUUCGGUCGUCGCACAAUGCUCCUCGCUGGAGGCGCCAUCAUGACAAUCGGGACAGCCAUUCUGGGCUCGUCAUACACAGUAGGCCAGUUAAUCGCCGGACGCAUAAUCACGGGCAUUGGGAAUGGGAUGAAUUCGUCCACGGCGCCGGUUUAUCAGAGCGAAUGUUCGCCUGCUGCGAUUCGGGGGGCCUUGUUGACGUUGCAGGGGACGGUGACCAUUUUGGGGGUUGUUAUUGCCUACUGGAUGGACUAUGGAACCAGCUUCACCGAAUCCCCCCUUCAAUGGCGAUUCCCCCUCUCCUUCCAAGCUGUCUUUGCCAUCUUCCUCAUCCUCCAGGUCAUUGGACUACCAGAAACACCUCGCUGGCUCGUCCAGCACGAUCGCCACGAAGAAGCCCGCGCCGUGAUCGCCGCGAUUGAAGACAAACCGCUCGAUGACGCGGAAAUCACCAAAACCAUCCUCGACAUCCAAGUCGGACUCGAAGAAGAGCAGCGAGGCGGGCCAUUCCGCUUCAUGGAACUCUUCACCUGGGGCGAAGUGCAGAAUCUCCGCCGGAUGCUGAUUACCAUCUCCAUCGAGAUCGGACAGCAGUUCACCGGGUCGAAUAUGAUCAACUACUACGCGCCGUCACUAUUCCAGGAGAAUAUGGGGCUGAGUCGGAAUCUAUCGCUGAUUCUAGCCGGGUGCGCGCAGUGCACGUAUCUCGUUGGCUCGGCGAUUCCAGUAUUUCUGAUGGAUCGAUUCGGUCGGAGGACAUUGCUGAUGGUGUGUUCCGCCGGGCUAUGCUUGUGCUUCGUGAUGGUGUCGAUCCUGUUGUCGCUGGGGAGUACCGGUGCCGCGUAUGGGGCAACGGCGUUUAUCUUCAUCUUCCAGCUGUUCUAUGGGAUUGGAUGGCUGCCUGUUCCAUGGUUCUAUCCGGCUGAGAUUAACACGACACGAGUGAGGACGAGAAUGCAGGCGAUUGCGAGCGGGUGGAAUUGGAUGGCUGUGUUUGCUGUGGUGAAGAUUACGCCGAUUGCUUUUGCGAAUAUUGGGUGGAAGACGUUUGUCAUCUUCGCUGUGUUGAAUGCAGUCUUCAUCCCGAUGGUGUAUUGCUUCUAUCCUGAGACAAAAGGACUGGAACUCGAGGAUAUACCAUUGCUGUUCGUCAAAGGAGGGGUCACGGGUGGUGUUCUCUCAUCUAAAGGAGGGAGGACGGUGAUGCCACAUCAGCAUGCUCAAGAAGUGCAGGUGGAUAGCAAAAUCGAGGGAAUGCUGCAGCAGGUUGAGGUUGUCAACUGAUAUCGAAUAUAAACAGGCUAUUCAGAUAAUGGCAGAUCUCGUUGCCACAGUAACUGCAUCAUCGUCAUCAUCAUGUACAUACCCCGCAUACUACAAUAACUACAACAAUCAUUCUACACUACAUCUACAUCUACAAUGGACCAAAAUAUCCACCGCAACCAGCUCUUCUCCGUCGAUGGCCUGGUCGCCGUCAUCACCGGCGGCGGCACCGUACGUCCACCACGCCCUGUAUACAUCCUAUGCUAAUCCACCCAGGGCAUCGGCCGCAUGAUGGCGCACGCUCUCGCCCUCAACGGCGCUCAAAAAGUGUACAUCCUCGGCCGACGA